AUGCCGGUGCCGGUGGUGGGUUUUAAAAUGUUGUCAUCGGUGGUGGGUUUUAAAAACCCAUUUCUGCCGGUGGUGGGUUUUAAAAUGCCCGGUGAUAAUUGUAUUUCUUUCUUCCUCACUUAAUAUGCACGGUCACUUUGUUAAAAUUCCUGUGGGUUUUAAAAUUGGGUAGUCUUUCUUCCAAAUUCUUUCUUCCAAAUUCGGUUCUUGCUUAACCAUGGAACUGGUUUAUAUCUGCAUUUUCUUAUUACUGGCUUAACAGUUAUGAAUAUAUAUCUGCAUUUUCUUAUUACGUUAAAAUAAAGGUCUGUGGCCCAUCAACUUUUUUAACAAUGUGGUUGUAGCAUGAGUAAUUGUUACUAAAUUUAGAUGAGUUGAUUCUUGCCACUCGUAACAGAUUUGUUGGUCUAUAAGCUUGUAACAAAUUUUUGCUAUGUCUUCAUCAACUGGCAAUGGCUCUACAACUAGUGGUUUCUACCGUGCUGGAGAUGGUCAUUUAUGUACCCUUGAGAAUUGUGCGCUAAGAACAAGUCGAAAAGCUGGUAACUAUGGAAGAAGAUUCGUUGGUUGUAGUCAAUUUAAUGUUGGUCCCAAAUGUGGCUUCUUUCAGUGGGUGGAUAACGAAACUUGUAAGAGUGACCGUGAAAGGAUAAGUAUGCUUGAGAAUGAAUUGCAGCUUGCAAAUAAGAGAGAAAUGACAACUAAGGAAAUGGAAGAAAGAUGUAACCGGAGGGAAAGAGAAACUCAUGAGCUUUAUGUAGAAAUUAGAGAGAAACUUAAGAGAGUUAGAGAGAGUGAGAGAUUGUACAAGAUGGCAUUAGUUUUGUCAUGGUUAUUUUUCAUUUUUGUAAUGUUGUUGUUGUGUUUUGCCUCAGUGAACAAUAAUGUAAGAGCGAGGAACCUUAAACUGUCAUGAUGCUUGGUGGGAUGUUGAAAUGUUAUUGGGUAAU